UCCGAAUAGGCUACAUUCCUAAUCCAUAUAUGUCCAGGUUUGUGGCUGCAGCCUGUAAUGAUGCAGAAUUCCCGGACUCAAUCAUUGUAGUUCAAUUGUUCCAGUCUGGGUUCAAAACGUUCCUUUUGAUGCUGCUCACAGAAUUAAACCGAGAGUGCCUGCUUCACAUUUUCUCCUUCCUGGACAAGGAGAGCCGGAAAGGUCUGUCGAGAGUUUGUCAUGUGUUCCGUGAGAUCUAUCACGAUCCAGCUCUAUGGUCUCUACUGUGCUUCUGUUCUCCAUCAGAACUGAAGAGGGAUAACUUUGUUCUGAGCCCCGCGUUACGCUCGCUGUCAAUCUGCUGGCACUCCAGCCGGGUGAAAGUCUGUAACAUUGAGGACUGGAGGAAGAGCAGUUUCCAGCGAGACAUCUGCAGCCAGCACCAACAUCUUGUUACCAAUUUCUUAACUCGGAUAACUAACAGCUGUCCAAACCUGCUGUCAGUGAUACUUUCUGGAUGUGGGCACCUCACUGAUGGUGACAUUAUACAAAUCCUACAGAAAUGCUCCAAACUGAAUACCUUGAAACUGGAAAACUGUGCGAGGUUAACUGAUAAAACACUGGAGGCUGUGACUAUUUAUGGGAACAGUUUAACCUGCUUUCAUGUUGAUUUUUGUCGGAAUAUCACACAGGAGGGGAUUAACCUGGUCCAGAAGAAGUGUCCUUCUCUGUCCUUCAGUGCAGAGCAGAGUGCAAAGAUGAUUCCGGAUCAGCCAAACAGAUGUGAUGCCCUCGUGAGAAGAAUGAGAAAACAGUUUCAGUGGUAACAGGAAAUGGACAUUGCAGUCUGCUGGAAGGUAGGAGAACGCUUGGAAUCACAUAGGCACUGAUUCCUUGAUCGUAGGGAUACCAUCAGCUGAGAGGAGACCAGCCUGACAGUGAAGGAAAAAAGACUGAGACUCAUUCCCUUGCUCUUUCCAAUCUUGGAGUGAGUUUGAGAAAAAAGCCCAGUGGCAAUCCGCUUUUGCCACAUUGCAGUGGUCCCAGCAUAGGACGUGGUGCCGUGAACUCAGGACUGGGCGCAGUGCAGUAAGCCCAAGAUUGCGCAUGGUAUAGUGGGCUCAGGACUGGACAUGGUGCAAUGGGCCAGGGCUGGGUGCAGUGUAGUGGGUCCAGAGGUGGCUGCUGAGUUCCGGCAAUGCAUUUAUAUAGGACCUUUUAAUGGUGUAAAAAUUCCCAGGUUGCUUCACAAGCAUCAGUACAGUACAAUAACUUUGGGCAGAUAGGAGUCACUGUUCCUGGACUCAACUACAAACUCCUUUCCCAAAUCCUUUAUGGCCUCAGACGCUCUACAUCUCUGUAAUGUUCUUCAGACAAGGGAACUCUCCAAGCUAUUCACCAUCCUUCAGUAUCGCUGGGUAAAAUUCCUAGAAUUCCCUCCAUAACAGCAUAGUGGUUCUACCUAUAUUGCACGGACUGCAGUGAUUUAAGGUAGCUCACCACCAUCUCCUCAAGGUCAACUAGAGACGAGCAAUAAUUACUGCCCAGAUAGAUAUAACCUGUCUGUCAUUGAAUGAAUAAAUGUAAAAUUUCUCCAUGAAUUUAGCAUUCCUUUCAUUCUGGCCUCUUGUACAUUGCCCAUAUUCUUCAGUCCACCACUGGCUACUGUGUAAUCAGGAGUGUAAUCAUCUAAAAUUUUGACACAGAGCCACAGAGAAAUCCUGAUGACAGAUGAGAAAACUUUGGUGAUAAGUGCAGCUUUUAAAGAGAUUUUGAUAGGACGAGAGAGAGGUAAUGGUUGGGAGUGAACCUGAGAACAUAAGGCACAGUUGCUAGUGCUGUCAGGAAAGAAUUUUGGGAAUAUACAAGAAACAAAAAUUGGAAGAAUGCCAAAUUCUCAGAUUAUCUGGUCAUUUUAAUUAUGCUGUUUGUGGUAGCUUGCUGCUCACAAAUUGGCUGCUGAGUUUCCUACAUACCAACAGUAAGUGCACUUCAAAAAUAUAUCACUGGCUGUAAACAUACUGGGAUGUUUUGAGGAUGUGACAGGUACUAAAGAAAUGUAAAUCUUCUUUCAUCCGGGAAAUCUUGAAAGGUUUAAUGUGUUCAAGAAUGUUUAGAAUAAGGGGUGGACUGGUGAGUAAUUAAAACUCAAAUAUCAAUAAAUAAAAACAUUUCUUGUAUAAAUAAUAACCAACUGAAUUGUGACUAAUCUCAAUUGAUCAGAUGCAACUUUAAUUUUCAAAACUUGACGGUAGAAUUAAAUUUUGGCUCCUGGUGAGCUGGAGGCAUCAUACCUAGCCAUGCAGGAAGAAAGGGAUACUAUAUUGUUUUGUUUAAAACUAUAUGCUGUUGCUUAAACUUCCUUAAAAAUUGACAAUUUGUUGGACUGACAACAUGGACAACAUGACAACAGCUUUGUGUGUCAGCUUACUGGUAACAUCCAAAGAAUAAGCAGCUCCAGGCUGAGCUAAAUGCCUGCUUCUGAUCUCAAUAUAUAACAAAAAUAUAAGUCCCGAAAAUGAUGUGAGUCUUGCCUGCAAAGUGAACCACUUCUCAGCUGAUAACCGCUAUACCUUCAGCAACAAUUCAACCACAUCUGAAUGAGCUGCUAUGGAAGACAUUUAUGUGCACAGCCGUCCGAAGGAACUUCAACUGGACAUUGAUUUACAAGACAUGUGAAUUACUUCUGACAUCUAUGAUGCAAAAAAUUUGUAAUUUGUAACUUCUCUGCUUUCCAUUCACUUUUCUCUCUUUCUUGGAUGCA